AUGGCACUUAGAUUUACGCUAUUGUUAGCCGCCUUGGCCAUUACCAUUCCAUGCCUCGAGGCUAACAUUGGAGAGAUUGACGACUAUCUGGAAGAGAAAGCAGAGCAGGCCCACCGAAUGGCUCUCGAGACCUACGAUGCCGACCCUUUAAACGUUACGUCCGAGCUUAACAUGCAUGUUCACCUUGCGAUGGAUGAAGCCAACAGCAGUAGAGGGAGGGACCUGAGGGAGAAGAAGAGACGCAAGGAAAGAUGCAUAGCCACCAACCCAAUCGACCGAUGCUGGAGAUGCGACCCAAACUGGGAGAAGAAUCGCUUUAGGUUAGCCGAAUGCGCCAUCGGUUUCGGCCGCAAGGCCAAAGGAGGUUUGGGCGGUCCGAUCUACGUCGUCACCGAUGAUUCCGACAUCGACAUGGUUAACCCCAAACCCGGAACUCUCAGGCACGCGGUGAUCCAGAAGGGGCCUUUGUGGAUCGUAUUCGAACGCAACAUGGUGAUCAAGUUGAAGGAGGAGUUGCUGGUGUCAUCGGACAAGACCAUCGACGGUCGUGGAGCCAAUGUUCAGAUCAGAAACGGUGCCGGCAUCACUUUGCAGUUCGUGAAUAACGUCAUCAUCCACGACCUUCGCAUUCGCAACAUCAAACCUAAGAACGGCGGUACAAUAAGGGACUCCGUCGACCACAUUUCGGUUAGAACCAGAAGUGACGGCGACGCCAUCGGCCUCUUCGGUGCCACCAAUAUUUGGAUCGAUCAUAUCUCCCUCGCCAACGCCGAGGACGGCCUCAUCGACGUCAUCAUGGGUUCCACCGGCAUUACCAUCUCGAAUUGCCACCUGACCAGACACAACGAUGUGAUGCUCUUCGGAGGUGGUGACGUGUAUCGGCAGGACAAGGUGAUGCAGAUAACAGUCGCGUUCAACCACUUCGGGAACGGAUUGAUACAGAGGAUGCCGAGGUGCAGAUAUGGGUUCUUCCACGUGGUGAACAACGAUUAUACUCACUGGAUAAUGUACGCCAUUGGAGGAAGCUCGAACCCGACCAUACUGAGCCAAGGAAAUCGAUUCAUUGCUCCGAACAACGACGCGACGAAGGAGAUUACGAAUAGGGUCGGAACGCCGCCGUCGGUGUGGAAAGACUGGCAAUGGCAAUCGGAGAAUGACCAGUUGGAUAACGGAGCCGUUUUCAUUCAAUCGGGAGGUCCAAUAACCUCCGUCGACAGAGGAAGUUUGAUCCCACCGAGACCUGGCAUUGAAGCUCCAUUGCUUGCAAAAUAUUCGGGUGCGCUAGCCUGCAGGCGUGGGAAGCCAUGUUAG